CCCGGCUGGGGCUGAGCUCGAGCGGCGGCCGCGGCCGCGGCCGCGGGCGCGGCGAGCGGUGAGCGCGGGAGGCAGGUGAGCGCUGGCGGGCCCUCCCCGACGGAGGCGGAGGCCGCGCCGCGCGAGCGGCCAUGGAGCGCGACUAGGGCCGGCGGGGCAGGCAGGAAUCCUAGGAGAUGCUUCAGUAAUGGAAUGGACUAAUUCAAAUGAUAGUCAUGAACUCUCCACAUUAGCUGCCACCUCCUCACCCUGAUCAAACGUAGAGCCUGGGCUGAGGGAGAAGGGAAGGCUGUCACCAUGAAGCUGAAACAGCGAGCUGUCCUGCUGGUCAUCCUCCUCAUCAUCUUUAUCUUUACGAAAGUUUUCCUUAUUGACAACUUGGACACGUCAGCUGCGAACCGGGAGGACCAGCGGUCCUUUCACCGCAUGAUGGCUAGCCUGCGUGUAGAGCUGGAUCCCCGCCUGGAGCACACAUUGCAGUCUCCUUGGGAGAUUGCUGGGCAAUGGGUAGUUCCCCGAGAAGUGUACCCAGAAGAGACCCCAGAGCUGGGGGCCAUCAUGCAUGCCAUGGCCACCAAGAAGAUCGUUAAGGCUGAUGUGGGUUACAAAGGAACUCAGCUUAAAGCCCUACUGAUACUCGAAGGAGGGCAGAAAGUUGUCUUCAAACCUAAGAGGUAUAGCCGAGACUAUGUAGUUGAAGGGGAGCCUUAUGCUGGUUAUGACAGGCACAACGCAGAAGUAGCAGCCUUUCACUUGGACAGAAUCUUAGGUUUCCGCCGUGCACCCUUAGUGGUUGGGAGAUUUGUGAAUCUUCGAACUGAGAUCAAACCUGUUGCCACCGAGCAGCUGCUGAGCACGUUCUUAACUCUUGGUAACAACACUUGCUUUUACGGGAAGUGUUAUUAUUGCCGAGAAACAGAGCCUGCCUGUGCAGAUGGAGACCUGAUGGAAGGGUCUGUUACACUGUGGCUUCCGGACGUCUGGCCUCUUCAGAAGCACCGACACCCAUGGGGCAGGACUUACAGGGAGGGGAAGCUUGCCAGGUGGGAGUAUGACGAUAGCUACUGUGACGCUGUGAAGAAGACCUCUCCCUACGACUCUGGCCCCCGGCUCCUGGACAUCGUGGACACCGCCGUCUUUGACUAUCUGAUCGGCAACGCCGACCGCCAUCACUACGAGAGCUUUCAGGAUGACGAGGGUGCCAGCAUGCUCAUUCUCUUGGAUAACGCCAAGAGCUUUGGAAACCCUACGCUGGAUGAGAGAAGCAUCCUCGCCCCUCUCUAUCAGUGUUGCAUAAUCCGGGUCUCCACUUGGAACAGGCUGAACUACCUAAAAAACGGUGUGCUUAAGUCCGCCUUAAAAUCCGCAAUGGCUCAUGACCCCAUCUCCCCCGUGCUCUCUGACUCCCACCUGGACGCUACAGAUCAGCGGCUCCUGAGCAUCUUGGCCACCGUAAAGCAGUGCACCGAUCAGUUUGGGACAGAUGCUGUGUUGGUGGAGGACAGGAUGACUCUCUCCCACUUGUAAUUUUAGUGGGAAACAAUUGCAACUUCUUUUUACAAAUGAUAGAAAAACAGCACAACUGAUUCCAAAUGGAUGGGUGGAAAGACUGCAAACGCCAAGCAGGGAUCUCUGGUCAUAAGGGAUGGGGUGCCUUUGGGUGUCUGGUGUUUUUCCCAUGAGAAGCUAACUAAAAGCUUUAGACCAUUGACAGAUCCCCGCACAGCCUCCUAACAUCCUUGGCACUGUUCCUUUUGGGCGUGCCCAUUUCUAGUAAUGGGCAUCAAGUUGGAAAAGCUUGAUUUCUAGUUGCAGAAGACUAAUAGAAGCAUGGGAUUUGAAUGUGAAUACCAGAAUGGCUCUGGAGUAUGUGUGUGCGUGUGUGUGUGUUUUGGCUGCACUCUACAGUCCUUCCAUUCUUCGCCAUCUGUGCCCACUCGUCCCCCCACUUAACAUCUAAAGCGACUUAAACACACUUCAGGGUGCUGUGUAAGCUUCAUUCUCAUUGAAGAAAGCACUUGCCACCUCUUAAAGAGGCGGUAGUGGUAGGAAGUAAAACCAUCACCAAGCCAAAAGACCACAUGUCUUUGGAGUGUUUUUGGCCUCUCACUUGGCCCUUUAAGAAAGAACAGCAGCAGCAAACCCUUAAUGGAUAUGAAGUUGCAAAGAAGGGCUAGAAAAGAAGCCGGAAGUGUGCCGUCACUCAUAGGCACUGCAUAGGCAGUGCAUCCUGACUUAACUUCUUUUUCAAGUAGGCAGGUGCCUUCCUGGUGAUCAGGGCUGACUGAACAUGCACCCUGAAGAAAGAAGAAUGGGGUGGGCUGGGAGCCCUGUCGUCCCUGAGUCUGGAAGAGAACAGCCAUGUUGUGUUGGAGGGGCGUGGCCAUUCAGGGAUGGCUUGGAUCAGGUGGCCUCAGAGGUCCCAUCCACCUUCUCCUGGGCUCCUCUUGACCUCUGCUAUUAGGGCUCGGCACCACGAAGGAUCCAGAGUCAUUUAUGCUUCUGGGUCCCUCAGAGGAGAACACUCCAGGGGAAGCCUCUUUGGUGAGGAAAAAACCAGCUCGCUGCUAGGAAGGGUAGUGGUUACUUUUCUGACAACUGGACUUGCAGAUGAUUUGUGACUGGGGGCCAUGUGAAAGACUAGAAAGAAUCUGUGGAGACCUUCUGAGCCUCUCAGUUGGCUUAGUGUUGCUGCGUGUAGGGUUUAAGACUUACUUGUUUCAUACUCCCAUUUCAUCCCUUUUUCUCAUCUUGUGUCUUGAACCUACACUGUAAAAUUCUGGCUGUGUUUCCAUAGCUCCAAAUUCUGUGGCACUUAAGGUUGUUACAACCGAGGCCUGUGUUUGUAUUCUGAAAAAGAAAGGCUCUGGUUAUGUGAGGUAAGCAGGUCUGGUGGGCUCUCAGCCCCAAGAAUAAGCUUGGUGCCAACUUGUCUGGGGGUGUGUGCAUAUCACUCGUGUCUCAUCUACUUCUAGUCCUUAUUACUUUUCUAGGUUUAUACUUCCCUUGGUUAGAGACUCCUAUUUAUAUGAUAGAAUUGAACAUGUUUGUUCCUUUGGGAAUCAGAUUAAAGCAGUCAGAGUCUUGAAAGCAAUUUAGGAGAUGUGAGGCCAAAUUUUCUGGAUUUGAGAGAUGAUGUUGAGUAAUCCUUUGGCAAUAUCAUGGCCUUUGGACCCUUUUUUAAUACCUUGUACACAUCUUCUAAGACCAGGACAAGAAUGGGCUGUUAGGAAAAAGGGAUCUUGACGUGUGAGGUGAAGGAAAACACUCGAACAAAAUGCUAUCAUUGUGUCAAAGGGAGAAGACGCCUAUUCCAGUUUCAAGAUUGUUUACUGGGUGUAUCCAGUGAAAUUCUCACUUUAGCCUAAGAGUCACUUGGCUAGCACCUAUCCUAAAAUCUCUGAGAGAUAGCAUUGGAUCUCUAGACUAUUAGCUUUGCUCUCUAUGAUAAAUGCUACUUUAAUGCUAUACAGACACAAAUGAAUAAAAGAAGAUUAUGUGAUCACUUCCUUUCAGACAUACCUCUUGCCUUUAUGAGGUCAAACUGAAAAGAGUGGAAACUUCUGAAAACUUGGAAUUCCAUUCUGGUGGUUGAAAGUAAAUUAUUCUGCUAAAAGAAGAAGAUAGAAAAUAGAAGUGGUUUGGUUAAAAUGGGCCUUACCACCUCACCUACCCCCCCCAACAUUGAUUCACUUCCUUAUUACAAUAAACUCAUUGUUUUAUGUUCCAUUUCUUACCAAGCACAAAUUCAUGGACCUUGAAACUCAGAACCAGAAUAGGGUUAAAGCUAGAGCUUUAUUACUAGAAAUAGGUUUGUUUAUCUACCUUUGGUGUACAGAAUGUAUGCUGCUUUAAAAUUGAAUGGAACUGGGAAGGGUUUAGAAGACUUUGAAUGAGAAUCAGCCAUUAAGUCAAUGACUCUAAAUUUCACACACACUAAAUUCACCUUAAAGAACAAGAUACCUUUUAAUAGUCACAACAGUAACAACAAUAAUAAAAUGCCUUUGAGCUCUGGUCCAUUUCUUUGGGAUUUUGAGCUGUUUAUAAUCAGAGUGUGUUUAAUUCAGCGAUUGUAUGGUCUUUAUUGUCAGUGUGGCUGAUGUCAGCCCAGUGUGCAUUUGAAAUAAGAAUCCAAAGCUAAGAGGACCUCAAAGUAUUUAGAGUAGACAGAUUAUAUUUUGAUAUGUGCCCCACAAAGCGAGGUCUUAGAGUUAAGAGAUUGUUUCCUAAUUCUUGGUUUGUUGGAAGUGUUUUUGCAGGUUUUAUUCUAAAAGUGCUUGUUAAUAUGAGGUGUUGCUUACAUUGUGGGGAGGAAAAAGGUAAAUAAGUUGCCACGCAAAGGAGAUUACUGGAUAGGAUUUUUUUAUUUGCCCACAGAUCAUCUCCCAGUGAGUCAUUCUCUCUAUUCACACUUGAAGUUAACAUGUUGCAUGUCAAGAAUUGAAAAUUAGGGGGCAGCUAGGUGGCGCAGUGGAUAGAGCACUGGCCCUUGAGUCAGGAAGACCUGAAUUCAAAUCCAGCCUCAGACACUUGACACUUAAUAGCUGUGUGACCCUGGGCAAGUCACUUAACCCCAAUUGCCUCACAAAAAAAAAAAAAAAGAAUUGAAAACUAAGGAGGGAAUCGAAGAGCUGGUGACUAGACUAUUAAUUCUCUCCAGGUUUUUAUAGGAAAAAUGAAUCCUGUGCAUGGAAAAGAUGGAAUGAUUUCAGGGUGUUAUCAGUCAGCAUGACUCGUCUCUCAUUGGAAUUCAUGUUUGUUUUCCAAUGCACAGUACGUUCCCCCUCCCUUUCCCCCCCAUCUCCCAUACUCUCCUAUACACCCCCAUGCUUUUGUCCACUAGUGUCUAGUGAGUGAUCAUACAUCUCCUGUGAUUUUAAAGUUUCAGAAAGUUGAUUAUGUUGGAGAUGGGGAUUUGGGUUAGGAAUUCCAAGGAACAAGGCGUUGGGUGACCUUCAGGAAGUCACCUUUACUUCUGUAGCAUGGAUAUAAGCUUCUUCAUAUAUAAAAUGAGAGGGUUGACUCAGGUCUCUAAAUUCAGAAAACAGGCACAAGAAAAUCCCUGUGUGUCCCAGGCACAGUCUCAGCCAACAGAAUACACUUAACUUUGGCAUGGUCCAUGUUGCUGGAAGAACUGAAAUUGAAGUGGGUAAAAGAUCCUUUCGAAGUCCCUGAGAAUAAGAACUAGGUGCAUGAGUACUUGACUUUUCUCUCAGAGAUUCUGACAGAAAAUAAGGGUUAGGAGGGGAAAAAAAGUGGGCCUGCCAAUCAACUUUGCUUGAGACUGAGGGAACGGAGUCAUCAUUCAUUCAAACAAACAGGGAUGAGGUGAGUGGGGAUAAUUUAAGGAGAAGGUAAUUUAUUCAGUAAUGGUGGCUUGAAAGGGGGUGGGGGGUAACUGCUUCAAGGUGCCUGGAAGUUCCAGCGACACAACAAAUGAUCAUUCCUGGUAAAAAGAGAUGCUCGAUAAAACAAGAAAAUGAGCAUCUCAAUUUCUACACGUGUUCUGUCGGUUCAAGUUCCGAAUCAAGAAACAUGAAGCAAAUAAAGAUUUUAAUAAACA